AUGGCAUCAAUAUUCACCUACGACCCCGACCCGCCCCGGGUUUCGUCCCCGUGGUCGACGUCAGGAUCGUCGACCCCCCAACUCGCUGCAGCCAGCGGGCGAGGCGUUUCAAGACGAACGCGAUCUAGCGCAAGCCUGGACCGGGCCGGCGCUGAUAUUCUGUCCGACUAUGGAAUCUCCAAGUUGGAACCAGAGCCCCAGGAGGGCCCCACGGAGUACAAGUUGCAUCUGCUACUACGUCCCCGUCGGCCCUAUCUUGCCAUGUCUACCGGCAAUGUAGUCGUCGGAUCCUAUCACUCCCGCUUAAGCCAGUUUACACCCGCUCAGGUGCCAUCCCCAGCUCAGGAUGCAACCACACCGCGACCCAUGCAGGCGAAGUCGAGCCAGAGCCGUCAGUCACGGUUAACAGGUCUUACGACCCAACUUUUAUGGCGGCUGCAGCAGUCGUCGCCGUUUCACUCAACGACGACGGCAAACCUUGUAAUUCCGGUGCGCCCAGAGGCCACGCCUCAAUUGGGGGUACCCUCGAAGCCCGCUCGUUUGCUACCUGGCCUGGAAGAAAGUCAGGGAGCUCUAUACGAGAUCGGAGUUGCUGAUGACGGUACCUUCGUGGGUCUCACUCUAGAUGAACUCAACGAGAGUGUGACCAAUCUCCAGGCCAUGGCCGCAAGUCUCGGCUGCAAAGUUGAGAUUCUUCGCCGAGUCAUCGUUGGCAAUUGCGAGUGGGCGGAGGGUUGCCCUCCUGUGCAAGCAGAGCAACCGACUGCACCGCCCGAGUCAUUGAAUGCACCUCCAAAACCGAUCAAAAGCAAGAAAGAAAGCCUUUGGGUCGCAGAGGCGCUUGUCAGCCCAGAUCUUGAUUUCUAUAAUCUUUCGCCGGCCCUGACAAGGUGCAAUACCGACGACACCUCGAAACCCGAGAGCGAUGUCAACCCUGACUCCGAAGAGAACUAUUCUCGGACUGAGCAGAUUCGGAUAUCUCUUGCAGGUCCUAGCGCCGCAGGGAAGUCGUCUUUGCUUGGUACUCUAACGUCUUCAGCUCUUGACAAUGGAAGGGGUUCGAGCCGGCUCAGCCUUUUGAAACAUCGCCACGAAAUUUCAUCGGGAAUCACCAGCUCGGUUGCGCAAGAGCUUAUCGGGUAUGGGGAGGAUGAGCACCCUUCAGUAGUCAAUUAUGCCUCUGGUAAUGUGGCUGCAUGGGAUGAUAUACAUGCUGCCUCUCGCAAUGGCCGGUUGGCCUUCGUUUCUGACCUCCCGGGUUCGGUCCGAUACAUGAAAUCCACAUUGAGAGGUCUUGUCAGCUGGGCACCACAUUAUGUCUUGCUCUGUAUUCCAGCAAACUGUGGCGCUGAGACGCCAGAGGCCGAGGCUGGCGCUGAACAGGUUGGGGAGCUCGACCUCUGUUUGGCCUAUCUUGAGCUUUGCUUAAAACUCGAGGUACCUGUGCUUGUUGUGAUCACUAAACUAGACGUGGCAGCCCACAUAAAACUACGGGAGAAUGUCGCAAAAGUUCUGUCAGCAGUAAAGUCAGCUGGAUGCAAACCUGCAAUACUCCCGGGAUCUCCCUCGGGCGAUAAAGCUCUGGAUUUGCAACAGGUCAGCACUGCAGACCGUAAUGAGGUCCAAAAGGUCAUCGAUUCUGCAAAUGGCAACUGGUGUCGCACUAUCCCAAUUGUACUUUCGAGUGCUGUUGACGGCACAGGGAUUGGGAAGCUCCACGCUUUCAUGCGCUACCUGCCCGUUCCUCAACGACCAUCACAACAGAUACCCCGUCUUCCCAAACCAACAGCGCCAGAACAAAAAGCAACAAAUAUCUUCGACGUUGAUGAGGUGUUUGCUAUUCCGCCGUCCAAAGUUUACUCAAUAGCCCUGGGAAAAAACGACAAUGCAAGCCGGGGAAUGGUGCUCUGCGGCCUGGUCCGGCAGGGAAGUAUUGCCAUUGGCGACGAAAUGACUCUUGGCCCGAUAUUAGUCGACACAACUACCGACAGCGAGAAAGAUCCAACGCCAUUAAGCCUCUCACGCAGCAGCGCACCUGGUCCCUCCGCCGAAUUCCCGGCCUCGUUCGCAGCCAACGUUCUGACCAACGCCCAAGCGAAGUGGCAACGCGUCCGAGUCGUCAGCGUCCGCGAUCUCCGACUCCCUGUCCAUAGACUGAAACAAGACCAAGUUGGAACUGUUGGCAUCGAACUUAUCACUCCAUCAUCUGAAGAAGGCCGUCUACCCCGCAUCAGUCGUAUACGGAAAGGAAUGAUCUUGACGAAUUUCAAUGCACCCAUGAAUUCCCUCCUCCCUCCCCGCUUCCCGUUCGCAUUCUCGGCUCCGAAAUCGCCGCCAUUGUUGCUGGGUGGCAAUGCAAUUGCCUACAUCGCCAGUAUAAGGACAACUGUGAGAGUUGUUUGUAUGGCGCUCGCAGGUCCCAACGAAGAGCCAGCCUCUUCGCCGCCUUCGCCAUCUGAGCCGGAAUUUUUCUCGUUUGAUGGGGACAGCUCGCCGUCGUUGGGACCAGAGAAGAGGAAUGGCGGUGACCAGAGUAAAGGUGGAGACAGACGACGACAAUCGACGACUGAUAUCAGUAAAGUCGUUUCGAAUUCCGUCUCGAUGAAUGGUGCUGGCAAUGCCGCGUCAAACCUAAAGGCUUUUAGUGAGGAUGUGAAGAUUACCUUUGCCUUUGUUACUUCUGUUGAAUGGAUUGAGCUUGGGUCUAGAGUUCUGGUGAUGCCUGGUGUGUCCAUGGGACCUUCGUCUGGCGUUGCGACAACAGGCCCUGGCUCUGGGACUGGGGUUGUUCCCAUGUCGGGAUUGGAAGGGUUUGUCGGCACUGUUUGUGAUGUUGUCAAGGCACCUGGUGGCAACUAG